GAGCCAAGAUGGCGGAAGAGGAGGUGGCCAAGCUGCAGAAGCACCUGGCGCUGCUGCGGCAGGAGUACGUCCGGCUGCAGAGCAAGCUGGCGGAGACGGAGAAGAGGUGCUCGCUGCUGGCCGCCCAGGCCCACGCCGGGAGCAGCGGUGACUCCUUCAUCGGCCGCCUGCUGACCAUCGUGGCCGAGCUCUAUCAGCAGGAGCAGUAUAGCGACCUGAAGAUCAAGGUCGGGGACCGGCACGUCCCCGCACACAAGUUCGUCCUGGCGGCGCGCAGCGAGAACUGGAGCCUGGCCAGCCUGGCUGCCACGGAGGAGCUGGACCUGUCCGAUGCCAGCCCUGAGGUGAGCGCCGCUCUGCUGCGCUGGGUCUACACGGACGAGCUGGACCUGCGGGAAGAUGACGUCUACCUGACGGAGCUCAUGAGGCUGGCCAACCGCUUCCAGCUGCAGCUGCUCCGGGAAAGGUGCGAGAAGGGGGUUAUGUCCCUGGUGAACGUGAGGAACUGCAUCCGUUUCUAUCAGACGGCCGAGGAGCUGAAUGCCAGCACGCUGGUCAACUACUGCGCAGAGAUCAUCGCCAGUCACUGGGAUGACCUGCGCAAGGAGGACUUCAGCAGCAUGAGCGCCCAGCUGCUCUACAAGAUGAUCAAGUGGAAGACCGACUUCCCGCUGCACAAGGCCAUCAGGGUGGAGAGGGAGGACGUGGUCUUCCUCUAUCUCAUCGAGAUGGAUUCCCAGUUGCCCGGGAAGCUGAAUGAGCUGGACCCCAAUGGAGACUUGGCGCUGGAUUUGGCCCUGGCGCGGAGACUGGACAGCAUCGCCACCACUUUGGUCAACCACCGGGCAGAUGUGGACAUGAUGGACAAGGGGGGCUGGAGUCUGUUGCACAGAGCCAUCCAGAGAGGAGACAGGUUUGCCGCCGACUUCUUGAUCCGGCACGGAGCCCUGGUCAACGCUGCCACCAAGGCCGACCAGGAGACCCCCCUGCACCUGGUGGCCGCGUACAGCUCCAAGAAGCACCCGGCGGACCUCAUGGCGGAGAUGGCGCAGAUCGCGGAAGCCCUCCUAGCCACCGGCGCGAACCCCAACAUGCAGGACUGCAGGGGCAGGACCCCACUGCACUUGUCGAUUCUGGCUCAGAACGAACACGUGUUCAACCAGCUGCUUCAGUGCAAACAGCUGGACCUGGAGCUGAAGGACCACGAGGGCAGCACGGCCUUGUGGCUGGCCGUCCAGUACAUCAAGGUGUCCUCCGACCCGUCCGUCAACCCCUUCGAGGACGCCCCCGUGGUGAACGGCACGUCCUUCGACGAGAACAGUUUCGCCGCCCGGCUCAUCCAGCGCGGGAGCAACACGGACGCCCCCGACACCGUGACUGGGAAUUGCUUGUUGCAGCGGGCCGCCGGGGCCCAGAAUGAGGCUGCCGCGCUCUUUCUGGCCACUAACGGGGCGCAGGUCAACCACCGGAACAAACGGGGAGAGACGUCCCUGCACACGGCCUGCCGGCACGGCCUGUCCAGCCUGACGGCCGAGCUCCUGCAGCAGGGCGCCAACCCCAAUGUCCAGACCACGGAGGCCCCGUCGCCCGCCGGCCCCGCCGACGGCGUCUUCCUGCAGACGCCCCUGCACGUGGCCAUCGCCCACAACCACCCCGACGUGGUUUCCGUCAUCCUGGAACAGAAAGCCAACGCCCUUCACGCGACCAGCAACCUGCACAUCAUUCCGGACUUCAGCCUGAAGGACUCGAGGGACCAGACGGUGCUCGGCCUGGCUCUGUGGACAGGCAUGCACACGAUCGCAGCCCAGCUCCUGGGCUCGGGGGCGGCCAUCAACGACCCCAUGUCGGACGGGCAGACCCUGCUGCACAUGGCCAUCCGGCGGCAGGACAGCAAGAGCGCUCUCUUCCUGCUGGAGCACCAGGCGGACAUCAACGUCCGAACCCAGGACGGCGAGACCGCCCUGCAGCUGGCCAUCAAGAACCAGCUUCCCCUCGUGGUGGAUGCCAUCUGCACCCGCGGGGCAGAUAUGUCCGUGCCCGACGAACAGGGCAACCCCCCUCUGUGGCUGGCGCUGGAGAACGGCCUGGAAGACAUCGCGUCCACUCUGGUCCGCCACGGCUGUGAUGCGACGAGCUGGGGCCCGGGCCCCAGCGGCUGCCUGCAGACCCUCCUGCACCGAGCCAUCGACGAGAACCGAGAGCAGACGGCCUGCUUCCUCAUCCGCAGCGGGUGCGACGUGAACAGCGCCAGGCAGCCGGGGGCCAACGGGGAAGGAGAGGAAGAGGCGCGGGACGGGCAGACGCCGCUGCACCUGGCGGCUUCCUGGGGGCUGGAGGAGACCGUCCAGUGCCUCCUGGAGUUCGGUGCCACUGUCAACACGCAGGACGCCGAGGGCCGAGCCCCUAUCCACGUGGCCAUCAGCACCCAGCACGGGGUCAUCAUCCAGCUGCUGGUCUCCCACCCGGACAUCCGCCUGACCGCCCGGGAUCGCCAGGGGCUCACGCCCUUCGCCUGCGCCAUGACGUACAAGAACAACAAGGCGGCCGAGUCCAUCCUCAAGCGGGAGCCGGGGGCGGCCGAGCAGGUGGACAACAAGGGGCGGAACUUCCUCCACGUGGCCGUGCAGAACUCGGACAUCGAGAGCGUGCUUUUCCUGAUCAGCGUCCAGGCCAACGUCAACUCCCGGGUCCAGGAUGCCUCCAAGCUGACCCCCCUCCACCUCGCCGUCCAGGCCGGGUCGGAGAUCAUCGUCCGCAACCUGCUCCUCGCCGGGGCCAAGGUGAACGAGCUGACCAAGCACCGGCAGACGGCCCUGCACCUGGCCGCCCAGCAGGACCUGCCCACCAUCUGCUCCGUCCUCCUGGAGAACGGGGUGGACUUCGCUGCCGUCGAUGAAAACGGCAACAACGCGCUUCACCUGUCCGUCAUGCACGGGCGGCUGAAUAACAUCCGGGCCCUGCUGACCGAGUGCACCGUGGAUGCCGAGGCCUUCAACCUCCGCGGCCAGUCUCCGAUGCACAUCCUGGGCCAGUACGGCAAGGAGAAUGCCGCGGCCAUCUUCGAGCUGUUCCUGGAGUGCAUGCCUGAGUAUCCUCUCGAUCGGCCGGACGCCGAAGGCAACACAGUGCUGCUCCUGGCCUACAUGAAAGGCAACGCCCACCUGUGUCGGGCCAUCGUCCGGGCCGGGGCCCGCCUCGGGGUCAACAACAACCAGGGCGUCAACAUCUUCAACUUCCAGGUGGCCACCAAACAGCUCCUGUUCCGGCUGCUCGACAUGCUGUCCAAGGAACCGCCCUGGUGCGACGGCUCCAACUGUUACGAGUGCACGGCCAAGUUCGGCGUCACCACGCGCAAACACCACUGCCGGCACUGCGGCCGCCUCCUCUGCCACAAGUGCUCCACCAAGGAGAUCCCCAUCAUCAAGUUCGACCUGAACAAGCCCGUCCGCGUGUGCAACAUCUGUUUUGACGUGUUGACUCUGGGGGGAGUCUCCUAGGGGGCCCGGCGGGGGCGGGGGACGGCCUUAGCCGCUCGCCAGCUGGCCGGGCGGGACCCCCGAAGCCGGGUGCCCCCCUCGAUCCGUGAUUCCGUACGAUGGCGACCGUCUCCACGGCCGGGGCUGGAAGCCGGGGGCCGGCCGGGGACGGGUCGGCGGGAGCCGAGAGCCAGGGGCGGGUGUGGCGAUCCCUCUGCCGUCGGGAACUGAACGAAACUUGGGAUGUCAUCCCUCCCUUCCCUUCUUCUCCCCGCCCUCCCACCCCAGCUGCCCAGCGAACAUGGGUCCUGGGCUGAGGGGCCCGAGGGCAGGCUUCGCCCCUCCCCGUCCCCACCGUCCACCCGCGCGGGGGCCCUGUACGGCGCCGGGCCGCGGGAGUGAUAUUCCUUCUUUUCCCAAAGACCGGGCCGCGCCUGGUGGCGGGGGUAGGGUCGGCCCUUCCCUUCCCUCUGGCGAGGCCGCUCGGAUGGAGUUGGGAGCGGGGCCCGCUCUGGCCCUGCUAGGUCAGUAGGGAGCCAGAGGGUGUGUGGGGUAGUGCCCCCCGGCCGGGUGCCCGCGUGGCUUCUUCCCGCCCGGGUCCAGUCCGGACCGGGCACCUCCGCGGGCCACGUGGCCCAUUUCUGCGCCGGCCUAGGAAAAGGCACUUUAUCCGGCCGCGCUUUCUCACGGAGCUGCGGCAUCCGUGGGCCCACCCGCUGAGACGGCACACGCACAAACACACACUCCCCUCUCUACCCCCCACCGUGCCACCACACAAGCACCUCUCCACACACAACCUGCUCACCCAGGCGCCCACACGUGCUCACGCCUCUCCCGACACAUGUGCCUACAUGGAUGGUUCCACCUGGCAGCUGUUCCGCACCCAUGAAAACACCCACAAACACCCUCACACCCCCCAACCCCAGCAGUAGAUGCCUAACACACACAAUCAGGCACAACCAGACGCAGCGGGUGCCAUUUCCAGUUGGCCCUGGCUGGGCGGCCUCUCAGUCCUUCCGCCGCGGGGCCGGGUGGAUGGCUCCUGCGUCGGCCGAGGCUCCAGGAGUGGGCAACUAGGGCAGGGGCCUGGGGGCCGGCUGUGGCCUCCCCUUCCCCUGUGACCAGUUCUCUGCUACGCGAAGCGCUUCCCCCACCUGCUUGCCCUGGGCCCGGGAGCCAACUGGGCGCGCCGCGGUCCCCCCAGCAGUCGGCAAGAGACAAAGUCGUCCCGAUCGACUGCUGUCGCCGGGCCGGGAUCAUCCUGGGAGCGCUGCCGGCUGGUGCCGCCGGCCCGCGUCCAGUGGGCAGGAACGUCGCCGGGAUUCGUAAGUUUCGUUCCCGCCGGAGCCAGUGGGAGGGCUCGUUUACGAGACCGGGCCGUGUCAGCGCGCGCUUUCUGCCGUCCAACUCCCCUGCUGGCACCGAUCGGGCACCCGGACGCGUCCUUCGUGAGCAGGCCCGGAGGCGUGGGCGCUGAAUUUUCCCGGAGGCGGGAAUCCCCCUUUCUCCCCUGCCCUUGCUGGGCCAGGCUGGACACGUUGGCAGGGGCCGGUUUGUCAAGAAGCGGUUCCGACUACGGUGUCGGCUCCGACGCGCGUCCCUCUUCCCUGCCCCGGCCGUCGGGGCGGGCCGGGCCAGGGUAGGGGCCCGUGACUCGGUGAUCUGGUAAAACCUUGCGGCCUGGGUGUCCGUUCCCUCCCCCCACCCCCACUACGGGGAGGGCUCCCCCAGGCUCCACGUCCUUGGGGGGCCCGGUUCCCCUCCGCCCGCCCUCAGCGGGGGCGAGCGGUCGACCUGCCCGGGGUUGGGCCCGCGUUCGCAGAGACCGCCCGCCAGCCUCUAGUUCCGCUAGCCCCCUCUAAGCAACGACGGCAGCCCUAACGUGACACUAAUACGCAUUUCUUAAGCCAAAAAUAAAAUCAACUUUCUUUCAGAG